UCCUUAGAAUUUCCCAAGGGAAGCAGACCUAAUCAGCUAAUUUUGGCUGCGAUUCUGGCACUCCGGCGAUUAGCCUCCCUAGCCCCUCUAUCUCUAUUAUAAUUGUCUUUUCGGGAAAACGGGGGAGAAUUCUGCCGAAGGCUUGUUUGGCUGACUUCUUGAGGGCAAACAUCCUCCAGGUGCAGGGGCUCCGAUUCUGGCUGAAUCGGUGGGAAUCCCAUGUUUUCCUCUUCGUCUGCCACAAUAGUACUAGGAACGGGACUACAAGGCCCAUGAGACAUCACAGUGUGGACAAUGUCGGCUCUUCGACCUAGAAAUGGAGAUGAGCACCAACCCCCAGAGUCUGUCACGACUGCACUUAACGUCAGGGGAAAACCUUUACCUUUACCUAUACUGUAUAUAGGUAACACACACACACAUAUACGCACACACACACACACACACACACACACACACACACACACACCAGGAGAGGCUCAUAAUCUGAACAGGUUGGAUGUCUCAGUUUCAGGUUCAAGAAGGAGCUACCAAUUUGGAUUAUAGACCCUAUAAUGUGCAGCAAGCACAGGGCAGAAGCUAUUCUGGUGGUAUCAUUCUAGUGCUUAGAUAUAAGUCCCAUUUAAACUCAGGAAAGAAAAUUGCAACCUAAAUGAUUCUGUUGUAUAACAACUCCCACUCUUAGGAAUGCACCAAAAAUUGUUUGAUAUAUAUAAAUGUCAGCCUGCCUUAUCUCCAAGAUACCAGACAGACACAGUAAGCUAACAUUCCUAAAAAAGAGCAGUGUGACUUUAAAAAAAACCAAUUGGACCCCCACCCCCACACCUCCACACAGUCAGUGGAUUUCCGCGGCUAGGUGUAAUUAGCAUUUCCUGACUUAGUUGGGUUGGUCAUCUCCCUAUAAUACAAAUCCUUCACAAUUGCAAACUUCCUUUUGUCACUAAACAGCUAUCCUGUUUGUGUACAGUUUCCAUCAUGGCUGGAGAAAUUGUUUCUGCUGAUCUCAACAUCCCUCCUGAAACACCCUCCUCAAGGAGAUUCCACCCCUCUCAGAAGUCCUAUGCUUCCCAAUCACCCAGCUGGCAAAAGAUCACUCUAUGCAUUGCAUGCAUUGGAAGCAUCCUGUUGGUGGCUCGGGUAGCCUUGGUUUUGCAGAGGCAGGCUGAGAAAGAUGGAGGCAUGACAAAAUGCUACACCGACCUGGCCAACUUUACAUCUCACCUAAGAAGCAAGCUCUGCAAUACAAUCCAGGAAAACUCCCCAGCGAAUUCCUCCUGUCAAGUGUGCCCUGCUUAUUGGCAUCUUCACAUGAGCAAGUGCUAUUGGUGGCACAAUUCUAUUAAAAACUGGAAUGACAGCAGAGAUGACUGUGCAGCAAGGGAUGCCAGACUCUUGAUCAUCCAAGACAAGGACAUGUUGAAUUUCAUAACAAAAAUCACCCAGGAGAAACAUUACUCAUACUGGAUUGGACUGUCUUUAUCAUUGCCAGAGAAGAAAUGGAUGUGGACUACAGGCUCCCAAAUGGACCGGAAUAUAAUCCAAGAACCAAACCACAAUGAAGGACAAUCUUGUGGAGCAAUAAGGAACAGCAAAGUCAUAGCUGACAUCUGCAGCACUGAAUUCAGAUGGAUUUGUCAGAAGGACAGUUUUGAUCUGAUGUUGUAUGUUAAUUCAUGGCAUAAUUAUGUUGUUAAUAAUUUUGUUCUUUGAUGGAAACUCAAAACACAAAUAAAAACACACCUAGAAUGCA